AGGGAGGCAGGGCAGGUCUGUAUGGCAGGCAGAGGCGUGGACUGCGCACCAGGCGAGACAAGCUUAGUGACUGGUAUAACCGUACGGAGCCCGUCGGAAAAGGGUAAACAUUAGGCGUCCCCUUGGUGGACUGUCUCGGUGACGUCACACAUGGAUGCCCAGGUUGGGCAGGAGAACCCUUGGAGCAGAGCGGGGCCUGUGCUGCAUAUUGUGGUGGUGGGCUUCCAUCAUAAGAAGGGCUGCCAGGUGGAAUUUUCUUACCCUCCAUUGAUUCCUGGAGAGGGACACGACAGCAAUGUCUUACCAGAAGAAUGGAAAUACCUACCAUUUCUUGCAUUGCCGGAUGGUGCACACAACUUCCAAGAAGACACAGUGUUUUUUCACCUCCCACCAAGAAGCGGAGAGCGAAAAACCGUUUAUGGGGUUUCUUGUUACCGACAGAUUGAAGCAAAGGCGUUGAAAGUGCGUCAAGCAGAUGUUACCCGGGAAACAGUACAGAAAAGUGUCUGUGUGUUGAGUCAGCUGCCCCUUUAUGGAUUACUUCAAGCAAAACUUCAACUAAUCACUCACGCAUACUUUGACGAAAAGGAUUUCUCACAAAUAUCUAUCCUUAAGGAACUCUAUGAACAUAUGAAUGGUUCAUUAGGUGGAAGUGCAUUAGAGGGAUCACAGUUGUAUCUUGGUCUUUCUCCACGUGAUCUGGUACUUCACUUUAGACAUAAGGUGUUAAUUUUGUUUAAACUCAUUCUCCUUGAGAAAAAAGUCCUAUUUUAUGUGUCUCCUGUUAACAGACUAGUGGGUGCAUUGAUGACUGUCUUGUCUCUGUUUCCAGGUAUGAUUGAGCAUGGACUCACAGACAGUUCUCACUACAGACCUCGGCAAAGUAUUGCAGAAGAAGACAUUCCUGCGGUUUCAUCGUCACAUGACAAUAGUCCAAUAUCUUCUCGGAGUUCUAAAGAAGAUGAUGCUGAAAUCAGGCACUCCUCUUCAGAAAAGCCCAGCAAACCAGGUGUUUCAGUUACUGAACCUGAGGUGGAUGCUAAUGGCAGUAUAGAGCAUCUCAGACCUCCAUCUCACACAUCUCCAGAAUCUGUUGAGAGUGACUGGGAGACACUAGAUCCAAGCAUACUGGAGGAGUGUACGACAGCAGAUGAAGGGGAAGUGUGGACUUUGGGAACAGGACUUAGUGAACCUCUUACUAAGGACACAAUUGCUUCUGGAAGUGUUCCCAUAACAGUCCAACCCCAAUCUAAAACAGGACAGGUUGUAUUUACUCCUGGACUUAUAUCUGGUUUAGAAGAAGACAAGUAUGGAAUGCCAUUAGCAAUUUUUACCAAGGGAUAUUUGUGUUUACCGUACAUGGCCCUGCAGCAGCAUCACCUACUCUCUGAUGUUAGUGUCCGCGGUUUUGUAGCUGGAGCCACCAACAUCCUGUUUCGGCAACAGAAACACCUUAGUGAUGCUAUUGUUGAGGUAGAAGAUGCUCGUAUCAACAUUCAUGACCCUGAGCUGAGGAAGAUACUGAGCCCUACAACAGCGGACCUCCGAUUCAUUGACCACUUAGUGAAGCACGUCACUGAAAACAGAGAUGAUGUCUUCCUGGAUGGCACAGGCUGGGAGGGUGGUGACGAAUGGAUCAGGGCACAGUUUGCACUUUACCUGCAUUCUUUGCUUUCUGCCUCUGCACAGCCAGAGAAUGAGAAGAUGUUGUCAGACUAUGGAUCUGCGUUUUUUGCGAUGUGGAAAAUAACACACAACUAUCGAGUAUGGAACAGCAAUAAACAUCCUGCUCUCACAGAGGUGAAUCCAAGCCAUCCAUUCCAGGGUAAUUAUAGUGUAUCAGAUGUCAAGCUGAGGCUGUCACUUUCUGUCCAGAAUAGUGAAAGAGGAAAGAAGAUUGGCAAUGCCGUUGUCAGCACAAGCCGGAACAUGGUUCAGACUGGAAAAGCAGUAGGCCAGUCAGUAGGAGGAGCUCUCAGCAGUGCAAAAUCGGCAAUGUCCUCGUGGCUCUCCACCUUCUCUCAGCCACCAGCCCAGGAACAGCAGGAAGAGAAGCACUGAAUAAAACAUCCCAGAUGUGGAUUUUGUAUCUGUUCCCUAAAUUUACAACAGAUUUGUAUGCAUUAGUCACCUGUAUGCUAUCAGAAGGCCUCAGUCCGUUAUGUAGCAGUCCUUUUGAGGAAUGUACAUUUAUUAUUUGCCUUUCUCUUGUAGGAUUCAGCCCUGUUUUUGGCACCAAAAAAAAUAGUCCUUACCGAUGUCAGUGGAAAUGUAAAUGUAGCCUUAGACUGGUGUAGUUGUAUUGAAAUAACUAGGAACGGUUAAUGACGUUGCGUCUGAAGCAUUUAUAUUGCACAUUCUCUGUUCAGUUGACGUGUAAAUCAACUUUAUUUAUUUCCAGAUCUCCCUGUUGUGUUCUGUUUUUUUUUAUUUUUUAUCUUGGACAACUGUAACCUGUGUCUCAGUUGGCAUUUGAGUUAGAGAUGUAUGCAGGCAUAUGGAAGUUGUCUUUUUCUUCCAUAAUAGCUGUGUGACCACACUCUGGAUACGACAACCUAAGGUGGAUUUACACGGCCUGAUGAAGCACGUGAUUGGGGUUCAAAGAACUCCAAAGUCCAUAGCUGUGCAUAAACGGCCCUCUCAGGCGCUGCAUCUAACAAACACAAAGGUUUGCCCAAACUGUUAUUUUAAGCUGUAGUUCCAUAAGACAAAAAUGUCCAUUUAACAAGUGCAAGGUGACUGCUGUCUUGCUCCUCACUGUAAUUUGCUGUCUCAAAUAUUACUGUGUGGCACAGCUCAUUGGUACCACCACCCUCACACAUUUUAAGAUGGCAUACCAAUUUACCAUGUACAACAGCUGCUAAAAAUACAUUCAUACUUCUGGUAUUAUCAAAAGGACCUACCUAAAUGAGCUGGCGGGUAAUUUUAGAGUAUUCUGAUAGAUAAAAUAAUUUUGUCUUUGUUAUCAAUAAGGGAUGCAUAGUGAACAGUCAGGGUCCCUCAUUCCCAUCUGCCCUGAAUUUUUGUAAAAGCGGAGGGAACUCAUCUCCCGCUUAAUGGGUGUGAACAAAAUUAAAACCUCUCAUUCUUGAUAAUACACAUUUUGUGUUUGAUCUCAAAGUAAAGAGGGUUCAUUUUUAUGUUCUUGUCCUUUCUAUAUACACUAUGUAAAGUAUUGGGACACGUACAGGAGCUUUUAUGACAUCCCAUUCUAAAUCCAAAUAAAUAAGGAUUUGGUCUCCUAGUGCAGCUUUGUACAAGGUUUUGUGACUGGAAAUUUGUGCCCCGUCAUUCUGGAGAGCAUUUGUGAGGUCAGAUAUUGAUCUUAGGUGAAAGGGCCUGGCUUGCAAUCAGGGCAGGCGUUAGGGGAGGGGGGCAAACUGAGCAAUUGCCCAGGGCCCCCCUGCUUCAGAUCAUUGAACAUUGGAGACUCCUUCAGAUUGCUGAACAGUCCAGAGUUAGGAACUUCCCAGCUUAGGAGUCCCUGCUCUGACUGCUAUGUCCCUGAGUCCCUGCUAUGAACAUGCUGUGUAUUUAAGUCUAAUUUAACCUCUAUGUUUGAAAUGUUUCUGUGGUGAUUCAAAUUCACAACCAUCUACAUUAAAGGCAAGAACCUUAACCACUGAGCUAUAGAGCUCAAUGCUAAACUAUUGAUGAAAAACCUUAUUGAAGUUUCUCUUGCAUUAGAUAUUCAUAUACAGCAGAAGUAUUUUAUUUUAUAUUUUUUUUAGUAAUUGUAAAAAAAUGGAUGGCACAAAAUAAAUAUGUAAUUACUAAAAGAAUUUAUAAAAUGAUACUUCUGCUAUAUGUGAAUUCAUAUUGUGUGAGAAACUACUAUGAGGGUUUUAGCCAUAAUAUAGUUACUGUAACAACAUGGACCUCUAUAGCUCAGUCGUUAAAGUUUAAAUCCCCUCAGAAGCAUUUCAAAAUUAGAGGCUAAAUAAAAAUUAAAUUCUCAGGGUGUCAUCAACAGUGAAAAUUUUGAUUUUAUUGAAAUAAAAUUGAGCAAAACUUAAAAUGUUAUCAAAUAACACCCGUAUUAAUCCACGGCAAUCUUUUUAACUUUAACCAGUCUUUUUGGUUGGGAAAGGUGGCAACCUUAGCAGCACCCCCGCUCAGGACCUCUAUAGGCCCACUCACUGCAGCAAGACCAGCCUCAGUAAGCCUCAUCAGGAUUCCCUCUGUAAAAA